AGAAACAAGAAUUACAAGUAAAGUUAGAAGAUAUAAAAGAUGAAGUCCAAAUAAAUAUUGAAGAAGUAGAAGGAAGUAGUAGAUCUGAGAUCCCUUGGUUCGAAAGAGAAGAAACAGAUUAUAGCCAAAUUGAGGCAAGGGCUUAUUAUGAAGCUCUUGAGAAACUUUUAGAUGAAGAAGAUUUCUGUAAAGCUUUAAGUGCAACUACACAUGAUGUGUACGUGAUUGCAUUUGGUCUGAAACCAUCUAACCACAUUGCAGAAAAUAGAGAAUCAGAUCCCCCUUUACGAAUCAUUUGGACAUUAACUAAUCUAUUAGAAGGAAUCCAUUCUAUUAUAUUACU